GGGGGUGGUCUACUUCUGAUAUUCGUAUAGUCUUGUGUACAUGAAAUAUGACUGUCAGCCGAGGAGAAAGUCAUCCAGGGUUGUCGUUCGUCGGCUGCAACAUCACGGCAUCUCGCGAUUGUCAUUUACUCCUGUUGAGAGGCAUCGCGGUUGCCCACCUGAAAAACCCAUUAACAUCGACAGGCGUAACUUUCGAAAUACUAGGGAAUGGUCACAGGGCGACGUACCGAGUAAAUAUAGCAAGGGGAAUAUCAUUCCCAGUAGUAGCGGUCAAGUCCGCUUUACCAUGGCCACCUUACCACGCCGGCACCGUCGUCAGCAGAAACCAGCGGUCGUGCGUUGGUAGCUGUGGGUAAUGAUGAGGUU